GUUUGAUAAUAGCUGAAGCUGCUAAACUGAAUGACUCAUGAUCCUCCCACGUAUCAACCUCCACCUUUACGUGUAGGACUCCGACGUAUCCACCUUUACGUAUCAACCCUCCUCCACUUCACACGUUUCAGACGCCGACGCUCCAAUUUUCCUUCCUCCUUUCUCCUCCCCAAGGGGGUUGAGUCAUGGACAUGGUGAAAGAAAGACAACGAUCUCCGCCCAAGCGUCAGAAUAUAAAGGAGAAAGAGGGGGAGGGGGAGAGUGAUGCCUGCAGAGAUCGACUCAGCAAUUUGCCCGAUAACCUAAUUCACCACAUCUUAUCGUUUAUGGACACCAUCUACGCCGUUCGAACUUCUGUACUGUCGAGAAGAUGGAGGCAUCUUUGGACUUCCAUCCCUUGCCUCAGCUUCGACGUUGACAUUAUGCACUUUGCAACCCCUGAUGAGCCUGAGAUCUACGAGGGCGAAUGGGAUCAUUUUAUGGAUUUAGUAGAUGAGAUCUUGAUUCGUCGUGACGGCUCCGACAUUCGCAAAUUCCGUUUCAGAGACGAUGAUGUCGAUUUUUUAAGCAAAGUGAAUCGCUUGGAAAGGGCUCUCUGGUAUGCGGUGCGACACAACGUCCAAGAGCUUCAGCUGGAGAUCAAUGGGGAUGGCUUUGAGUUUCCACCCUGCAUCUUUUCCUGUGAAUCACUGCGAACCCUCGAAUUGAAUCCACGUUUACAAUGCAUGGACUUUUAUAACCCCAUGGGUUUUGUGGGGCUUAAAACAAUGUAUCUUUGUUGCUUCAAUUUUGAGGAAAAUACUAGUGGAGAUCCCUUCUCAACAUGUCCAGUUCUGGAGAAUUUGGUCUUGGAACACUGCUGUUUUCCCCCCACGGAGGUUUUUAGUAUUUCUGCUCUUCAACUCACAAACUUGGUUAUAUUGAAUCCCAUAAAAAAUCGUACAUGUCCUAGUCCUAAGAUGAUGAUUUCUGCCCCCAGACUCACAUCCUUCAAGUAUGAAAGCUGCGUUACCUUAAACUUUAAUUUCCAGAACCUUUGUUCCAUAGAUAAAGUAGAUAUAAACCUAUGUCCAUUCGAACGUUCUCGACCAAAUAUAGGAGAAGAUUUCUGUGUCAUUCCUCAAGAACUGGCCGGGAUGCUUAAAGGUCUCCGUAAUGCCAAGGACGUUGUAUUAUCUUUUCUGGCUCUACAGGUUCUGUCCACCUUGUCCGGUUUAGAAUCUGAGCCUUCUCCAUUUUGUAAUUUGAAGUCUCUCAGGUUGAGACAUAACCAUAACGAUAUAAUAACUUAUUUAAUUAAGGACUCUCCUAGUUUUGAAACUAUGGUGGUGGACCAUCCGAGGCUUAAAUUGGAGAACACAGGUGAGCAUGGAUGUUGUUAGCUAAUGAUGUGCAACAGCAGCACCUUGAGCCAGAUCGGUGUUUUUCAAUUGUCAAGGCUUCAAAACAGAGUUUGCAUUUGUGGCUUUUUUCUCAUCUUUAGAAGAAACAGCGUUCUUGGGGAAAUAUACUGGUAUUACUACUGAAAGUUUGUCAGGUAGGCAGCAAUACUGAUUGUAGCAGCCUGGAGGUGAUUGUUCUAUGCAUCAAAGAAUUCUCUCUCUUGAAAAUCAAAAUUCUAUUGUAGAUUUUCUGGAUUGCAAUUUUGGACUUAGGCAAAUGUAUAUUCUCUCAGAAGUUAGAACCUUUAUCCAUGCUUUAAUAACUAAAUAGUUCUAAAUUAUUUAAGUUUCUUUGUUUCC